UUUCCGACCCGUCUCUCGCUUGACCCCGCCACCAGCCGGGGCGACGCUUCGGCCCCGCGCGCGGAGAACUACAACUCCCACGAUGCUCUGCGAGGGAACCAGACUCCGCUUCCCGCCAUGCCCUACGGCGCGGACUCCCUUUCCCUUGGUGCCGUGCGCGGUGGUGCCCGGCCGCCGGCGCCUCCCUCGUGUCGGGGCGCGGAUGACGCUGGCGGCGGGGUGCCGCCAGGCCGAGUCGGGCCCGCGCUGCGGGGGGCUCCGGCAGCGGCGACCUCGCAGACCGGCCGGUGAGCAGAGCCGUCCCGCUCCUCCUCCGCGGGCCUGGGCUCCCCUGGAAGCGCCAGUCGGGGUCUGGGCCCCGCUGGCCUCCGUCACCCUCCUCAGCUUCGCCUCCCGCUUCUACCGCCUGUCCGAGCCGCCGCACGUCUGUUGGGAUGAAACUCAUUUUGGGAAGAUGGGAAGUUACUACAUUAACCGGACCUUCUUCUUUGACGUCCACCCACCUCUGGGGAAGGUGAACAGCUCUCAUCAGAUGCUGAUAGGACUUGCUGGGUACCUGAGCGGAUACAAUGGCACGUUUCCUUUCCAAAAGCCAGGGGACAGAUAUGAGCAUCAUAACUACAUAGGAAUGAGAGGGUUCUGUGCAUUUCUAGGCUCAUGCCUAGUUCCCUUCGCCUACCUCAUAGUGCUGGAGCUGUCCAAGUCACUGUCUGCAGCAUUACUUGCAGCCUCCAUCCUGAUUUUUGAUACAGGCUGCAUUACUCUGUCCCAGUACAUCCUGCUUGACCCCAUUCUGAUGUUCUUUCUUAUGGGAGCUGUGCUGAGUAUGGUCAAGUAUAACUCCUGUGCAGAUAGGCCGUUUUCUGCCCCCUGGUGGUUCUGGCUGAGUCUGACUGGGGUCAACCUUGCUGGAGCGAUAGGGGUGAAGUUUGUUGGCCUCUUUGUAGUCCUCUUGGUUGGACUGAACACAGUUUAUGAUCUUUGGGAGUUGCUGGGGGACCUCAGCCUGUCACUGGUCACACUGGGGAAACACUUGCUGGCUCGUGUAUUCUGCCUCAUCCUGCUGCCACUUGCACUCUACACAGCUCAGUUUGCUGUUCACUUUGCAGUGUUAAAUAAAAGUGGGCCUGGGGAUGGUUUUUUCAGCUCUGCCUUUCAGUCCCGACUGAUUGGGAACAAUCUUCACAAUGUCUCCGUUCCAGAGCACCUGGCCUAUGGUUCUGUGAUCACAAUGAAGAACCUUCGGAUGGCAGGGGGGUACCUUCAUUCACACUGGCACUUGUACCCUGAGGGUGUGGGGGCUCGUCAGCAGCAGGUCACUGCCUAUUUACACAAGGACUUGAACAACCUGUGGGUUAUAAAGAAACAUGAUUCCAACACAGCAGAUCAUUUAGAUCCUUCCUGCUCUGUGGAGUUUGUGAGGCAUGGAGAUGUUAUUCGGCUGGAGCACAAAGAGACUUCUAGAAAUCUUCACAGUCACCAGCAUGAGGCCCCCAUGACAAGGAAGCACUUUCAGGUCACUGGAUACGGAAUAAAUGGAACAGGAGAUGCCAACGAUUUUUGGCGGAUUGAGGUGGUGGGCAGGAAGGCUGGGAAACGCAUUAAAGUCCUACGGAGUCAGAUCCGACUGACCCAUCUGGCCACAGGAUGCAUACUUGGGUCCUCUGGGAAGACGCUGCCAAAAUGGGGCUGGGAACAGGUGGAAGUCACCUGCACUCCAUAUGUGAAGGAGACUCCCAAUGCCCUUUGGAAUGUUGAAGAUCACAUCAAUCCCAAGCUGCCCAAUAUCAGUCUGGAUGUUCUGAAACCUUCCUUCCCAGAGAUUCUCCUGGAGUCCCACAUGGUUAUGAUCCGGGGAAAUAGUGGCCUCAAACCAAAGGAGAAUGAAGUCACAUCCAAGCCUUGGCACUGGCCCAUCAACUACCAGGGCCUGCGUUUCUCUGGAGUCAACGAAACAGAUUAUCGAGUUUAUUUGCUGGGGAACCCGGUAGUCUGGUGGCUGAAUCUGGUCACUAUUGGAUUGUACCUCCUAAUGGCAACUUGCGCUAUUGUGGCUAUCAAGAGGGGAGUUCAGCUGACAGUUGAAUUCAAAGAGCUCUCUGAAGUCUUGCUACAUAGUGGAGGGAAGAUCAUGCUGGGCUGGCUCCUCCAUUACCUCCCUUUCUUCAUGAUGGGCAGAGUCCUCUACUUUCAUCAUUACUUUCCUGCCAUGCUUUUCUCUAGCAUGUUGACAGGAAUUACAUGGGACACGUUGCUGAAGUUUUGUGCUGGGUGCCUGUCCUGCUCCGUGGGGAAGAGGGUGUAUACAUAUGGGACGCUGGCACUGAUGCUGCUCAUUGUGUACAGCUUCUACCUCUUCCAUCCUCUGUCCUAUGGGAUGGUGGGACCUAUGGCUUCAGAUCCCAACAGCCCAAUGGCAGGGCUCAGGUGGCUGGAAUCAUGGGAGUUCUAGAGCCGGCAGGAGGCAGCCUGGAACAAGGGAAUAAGAAACACAAGAACUAUCAAGGGUCAAGCUGACUCUUGGGCACUUU